AUGCCGGAAGCCGCCAUCGACCCACAGCUGCAGCUGCUUACGGGCAAUCCAACAACAGAGACAAUGCCAUUUCCCUACUCUUCAACAUCUUUCGAGUCGUGGAAUUCCAUGUUUGAGGCAAUGGACAACUUUCCGCAAGCUACACAAGAUCCCGGCAUGAUGGACUCGGAUCCGUAUAGCGACACGGCUUCGUCUUUCUCCUUGGGGAACGAUCAAAACGCCCAGUUUCUCAUGUCUCCCAUACAAGGCGCAUCUCUCAACCCAGAUGAUUCACCCAGCAACACCUCCAUUGCCUCCACCUUGGAGUCUGGACCCAGCUCAAAACCCGAAACCUCGACCAACACCAACAUCAAUAUCAAUGCGAGCAACCCCAGCACCAAAUCGAACACUUCAAACGCCACAAAGACCAAAAAGGGUCAUCGGCGAGCUCGCAGCGCCUCGGAUAAGAAGGAGCAGGUGAAGCAGCGCAACAGAGUGGCCGCAUCCAAGUGUCGGCAGAAGAAGAAGGUCAAAGUAGACGAGCUCAAGGAAAUGCUGGCCCGCCUGGAAGCGCAGAACAACGACCUGCGCAAGGAGUUCCAGAAUCUCCGCGAGGAGGUUGGCAAGGUGAAGAGCGAUCUGAUCAACCACACCGAGUGCCACGACCCCAACAUCAACCGCUGGGUCGAGAAUGAGGCCAAGGGCUUUGUGAAGAAGCUCGUGGCAAACGAGGAGCGGCAACGCAUGGAGAGCAUCAGCAGCAUAGAUGGGAAUGCCAUGGCCGCGAUGCAGAUGCAGCCGCUCGAGGGAGUCUCCAACAUGCCGCUUGGCGAUCCCUACAUGGGGCUGGAUUAA